AUGCGCGGCUGGGACGAGUGCACGACGGCGGCGCUGCACGCGCGCAUCCUGGAGGCGCAGCGCGGGCCCGGCGCGGCCGAGGCGCCCGCCUGCGAGCCCGCGCUGGACCUGGCGGCUCCGACGCCGCUGCUGCCGUUGCCUACGCUGUCGUUCAGCGCGGCACAGGUGGCCACCGUGUGCGAAACGCUCGAGGAGAGCGGGGACGUGGAGCGGCUGGCACGGUUCCUGUGGUCGCUGCCGGUGGCGCACCCCAAUGUGGCCGAGCUGGAGCGUUGCGAAGCAGUACUGCGCGCGCGCGCCGUGGUCGCAUUUCACGCGGGCAGGCAUCGUGAGCUGUAUUCGAUCCUGGAGCGACACCGGUUCCAGCGGUCGAGCCAUGCCAAGCUGCAGGCGCUAUGGCUGGAGGCGCACUACCAGGAGGCGGAGCGACUGCGCGGUCGGCCGCUUGGGCCCGUCGAUAAGUAUCGCGUGCGCAAGAAGUUCCCGCUGCCGCGCACCAUCUGGGACGGCGAGCAGAAGACACAUUGCUUCAAGGAACGCACACGGUCGCUGCUGCGCGAAUGGUACUUGCAGGACCCCUACCCGAACCCCACCAAGAAGCGCGAGCUGGCAGCGGCGACGGGCCUAACGCCCACGCAGGUCGGCAACUGGUUCAAGAACCGACGGCAGCGGGACCGCGCCGCCGCCGCCAAGAACCGCUCCGCGCUACUCGGCCGCGGAUUCGCCUCCUCCUCCACCUACGACGAGGAUUCAGCCGACUCCGAAAUCAACGUGGACGAGGAGUAGCGGCGUAUGGCGCGGGACACAGUGGUUACGUUGCAAUACGGACUAGGCCGUCGCGACGCGAGUGUUGUGCGGACGUGGUGAAUCAGUUCGCAUUAGGGUAUCUUAUGAGUGCUAGUGAAGUUGAUAUCGCCGUAUCUCCGCACCAGGUAUGUACUGUGCACUAUGUAGUGACCGACGACGCUCGCCGCUGUCGAGUGCCGGCUAGCCAAAUAUCCCUUCGCACACUCGACUCGCGACCGCGGCGGGUAUGGCCGACGCUAGGCUAGGCUAGGCUAGGCUAGGCUAGGCUAUUCCUUCUGUAUAAUUUUUAUUUGUCUAUUUAAAUACGCCUACUUAGGUUUAAGAAUAUUUUUCGUGUGGUCGGGAACCGCUAUAUAUAUCCUAUUUUAGUAGUAAAUGAAGAAUUUAUUUAUCAUAUCAGCUUUCAGUUGUGUACAUUGCGUAGGUAUGUUCUGUGUAGAUAGGAUAUUGCGCGGCGGCGGCGGCCGGCAGUGCGGCGGCAUGUCGGCAUGUCGGCAUGUCGGCUCGUAUCUGAGCAGAGCAGAGCGGAGCACGACGGCCGCUUGUCCUAAGUUAUUUGUUCCGGGCGAUGUUGACUGUUUUCACUUAGUUAUUUAUUACAAUAAAACAUAUAAGUGUAUCGAGGGCGCUGCAAUGUGGUCUGUUACAUCCGCGACAAUUUACAACUUACCGUAUAUUUGUAGGCCUAUUUAAAACAAUAACAAAUCGAAUCAAACUUUUCCACUGGUGGAUUUAUAUUAAUACU